AUGGAGGUAAAUAUCAAGGGGGCACAUCUGGUUGCGCGAUGGCUAUGGGACUGCCGAGACGACACGUGCGGCAUCUGCCGCCAUCCCUUCGAGGCGUGCUGUCCGCAGUGCCGCUUCCCCGGCGACGACUGCCCGAUUCUCACGGGGAAGUGUACGCACACGUUUCAUAUCCACUGCAUCGAGCGGUGGGCGGAGCGCGAGGAAGGGAAUGCAGGUUGCCCCAUGUGCCGCCAGCCAUGGGAAUUCUGA